CCAACUCCAUUUGAACAGUGAAGCGGGCUCUCGUUGCUAUUGUAGGGUGAACUCAAGGGAGCGCCACCUUCAACGCCGUCGAGCUCCCCAAAACACAACAGAAAACUCCAAUCAUUCCAAAAAUAUACCUCUGUGGAAUCGUUUAAGGCUGUCAACAUGUCGCACAAACAGAUAUACUACUCUGAUAAAUAUGACGAUGAGAAAUAUGAAUACAGACACGUCAUGCUGCCCAAGGACAUUGCAAAGCGUGUGCCAAAGACUCAUUUGAUGGCAGAAUCCGAAUGGAGGAACCUUGGCGUGCAGCAGAGCCAAGGAUGGGUGCACUACAUGAUCCACCAACCAGAGCCACACAUCUUGCUCUUCAGGCGUCCCCUGGCCAACCAAAAGUAAAGAAACAAAACUGUAGCAGUCGUGCUGUUGGAUUACAAAGCUCUUGUGUGGCACUGGCUUGACUUGAAACGGUUCAUGUCGUGGACUGAAAAGGGCGAUCGUAAAAUGACUUGAACAUCAUCGGCGUUAUGAAAUAAUGGAAGAAGAGUCAAAAUAUCACUUCAGUUUUGCUGGGGGUAAAAAUAGACUUAUGAACUUUUGCUGUCUGCUUGUCUACUAAUCUUUCUGUCAAAGUUGUUUAUUUUCUUUUUUACGUACUGAGUCGAGCUCUAGGGGGAGAAAAAUGCCAAAAAGUAAAGUUUGGAACCUCAUUGUGGUGUUCAUCAGACAACAUCACGGACAUGCGGCGUGACAUUGCUGCUAGGUGAAAAUAAACGUUUCGCUGAUUUUUGUCAUGAAAGCUGCUUUAGUGGAUUUGAGCAUCCUUGUUUGCCUUUUUUUUUUUUUUUUUUAAUCCCCUUGCGAGAGAAUGGAAUGCCGGAAUGAAGGCUAAUUAUGAACACGAGCUCCUCGGUAUCUAUGAAUGUUGUGCCGUUUAUGAAAUAAAUAUCAAAUGUUUUUAAAUGCA